AAAUAGUUUUGACAUUUCAAUUGUGUUUGUAUAGGUCUUAAUCCCAGAUACAGUGUUUUGUUAAAUAUUGCGUUUCUUACUUUUUAAAACAUAUCAACAUAUUUGAAUUACAGCGCAUGAAUGCACCCAAAGCCAGAGUGUGAAAGUUGAAACGACAGUGAACCGUGUGUCCGUGGGGGCGGAGCCAGGUGUUAGGGGAGGAGCCAUGUGUUAGGGGAGGAGCCAGUUGUUAGGGGAGGAGAGGAGGGGACGUCUUGUUCAAGAAACGAAACUUAAGGAUCAUAGAAACCAAAGGCAUCCAACGUAGAAGCAGUUCUCUCUUUCAGGAGGAAAGAAGCAUUUUGGAAAACAUCGUCUGACACAGAAACCACAACAAGGAUGGCCUCUGCUAACACUUCCUGGUCUGAAGAGAACUUUUCCUGUCCCAUCUGUCUGGAUGUGUUCAGCAGCCCAGUUUCCACACCGUGUGGACACAGCUUCUGCAGAACCUGCAUUAAUAGAUUCUGGGAUGAAAAAGUCCAGUGCAAAUGUCCUAUUUGUAACAAGAUGUUCGACACUAGACCUGAUCCACAGGUCAAUAUCCUUGUAUCAGAGAUGGCUGAUCAGUUUAGAGCGACCGUACGAGUAAAGGAGCAGCCUUGUGUUGAACCAGGAGAAGUUCCCUGUGACGUCUGCACUGGGACCCAGCUGAAGGCUGUGAAGUCCUGCCUAGUGUGUUUUAUGUCUUACUGCCAAACCCACCUGGAGCCACAUCAGAGAGUCACAGUCCUGAAGAAACAUCGGCUGGUCGAGCCUAUGGACCGUCUGGAAGACAGGAUGUGUAAGAGACACGACCGACUUCUGGAGCUCUUCUGCCAGACUGAACAGGAGUGUGUGUGUCAGUACUGCACAGAGGCAGACCACAAGUCCCAUCCUGUUGUACCUCUAAAGGAGGAAUAUGAAGUGAAGACGGCCCUGCUGGGGAAGAUAGAGGCUGAAGUUCAGCUGAUGAUCCAGGAGAGAAAACUAAAGAUUAAGGAGAUAAAAGACACAGUUGAAUAUAGCAAGAAAGACGCAGACAGAGUGAUAGCCGAUGGUGGGCAGGUCUUCACUGCUUUGAUGCGUCGCGUUAAAAAGUGCAGAGAUGAUUUCAACCAAACAGUUAAAAAGAGACUGAAAACCACAGAGAAACAAGCUGAAGACCUCAUCAAAGAGCUGGAGCGGGAAAGAGAAGAUCUGACCAAUAGAAGCUCAGAGGUGAAGCGGCUCUCACACACUAAAGACCAGCUCCACUUCCUCCAGGCCUUCAGAUCCCUGAAGGAUCCUCCACCCCCCAGGGACUGGACCACGGUGGAGGUCUGUCCUCCGUCAUACGCAGGGACCUUGAUGAGAUCCCUGGUUCAGCUGGAGGAGACACUGAACAUGGAGAUGAAGAAGCUGCGUGAAGCUGCUGAACUGAAGAGGGUCCAGCAGUAUGAAGUGGAUGUGACUCUGGAUCCUGAUGCAGCUAAUGUCUGGCUCAUCCUGUCUGAGGAUGGGAAACAAGUACAUGAUGGAGGUGUGUGGAAGAAACUCCCAGACAACCCUAAGAGAUUUAAUUGGUAUGCAUGUGUUCUCGCGAGGCAGAGCUUUUCCUCAGGGAGAUUUUACUUUGAGGUCCAGGUUAAAGACAAGACUGUAUGGUGGUUAGGAGUGGCCAGAGAGUCUAUCGACAGAAGAGGUGGGACCAGGUGGACCCCUGAGAACGGUUACUGGAUUCUUUCCUACAACAAGGAUGGGUUGGUAUUUAGAGAUAACCCUGUUGUCCGUCUCCCUCUGAGAGCUGAGCUCCAGAAGGUGGGGGUAUUUGUUGAUUAUGAUGAGGGUCUGGUCUCCUUCUAUGAUGUGGAAGCCAGGGUUCAUAUCUACUCUGCUACUGGCUGUGCCUUCACUGAGCCUCUCUAUCCAUUCCUCUCUCCAUGGUAUCAUUACAAAGGUACAAACUCUGCCCCCCUGAUCAUCUCACCUAAACCAAAGGCAUCCAACGUAGAAGCAGUUCUCUCUUUCAGGAGGAAAGAAGCAUUUUGGAAAACAUCGUCUGACACAGAAACCACAACAAGGAUGGCCUCUGCUAACACUUCCUGGUCUGAAGAGAACUUUUCCUGUCCCAUCUGUCUGGAUGUGUUCAGCAGCCCAGUUUCCACACCGUGUGGACACAACUUCUGCAGAACCUGCAUUAAUAGAUUCUGGGAUGAAAAAGUCCAGUGCAAAUGUCCUAUUUGUAACAAGAUUUUCGACACUAGACCUGAUCCACAGGUCAAUAUCUUUGUAUCAGAGAUGGCUGAUCAGUUUAGAACGGCCGUACGAGUUAAGGAGCAGCCUUGUUUUGAACCAGGAGAAGUUCCCUGUGACGUCUGCACUGGGACCCAGCUGAAGGCUGUGAAGUCCUGCCUAGUGUGUCUUAUCUCUUACUGCCAAACCCACCUGGAGCGACAUCAGAGAGUCGCAGUCCUGAAGAAACAUCGGCUGGUCGAGCCUAUGGACCGUCUGGAAGACAGGAUGUGUAAGAAACACGACCGACUUCUGGAGCUCUUCUGCAGGAUUGAACAGGUGUGUGUGUGUCUGUUGUGCACAGAGACGGACCACAAGUCCCAUCCUGUUGUACCUCUAAAGGAGGAAUAUGAAGUGAAGUCGGCCCUGCUGGGGAAGAUAGAGGCUGAAGUUCAGCAGAUGAUCCAGGAGAGAAAACUAAAGAUUAAGGAGAUCAAAGACAAGGUUGAAUUUAGCAAGAAAGACGCAGACGGAGUGAUAGCCGAUGGUGGGCAGGUCUUCACUGCUUUGAUGCGUCACUUUGAAAAGCGCAGAAAUGAUUUCAACCAAACCGUUAAAGAGAGACUGAAAACCACAGAGAAACAAGCUGAAGACCUCAUCAAAGAGCUGGAGCAGGAAAUAGAAGAUCUGACCAAUAGAAGCUCAGAGGUGAAGCCACUCUCACACACUAAAAACCACCUCCACUUCCUCCAGGCCUUCAGAUCCCUGAAGGAUCCUCCACCCACCAGGGACUGGACCACGGUGGAGGUCCGUCCUCCGUCAUACGUAGGGACCUUGAGGAGAUCCCUGGAUCAGCUGGAGGAGACACUGAACAUGGAGAUGAAGAAGCUGAGUGAUGAUGCUGAACUGAAGAGGGUCCAGCAGUAUGAAGUGGAUGUGACUCUGGAUCCUGAUACAGCUUAUCCCAAGCUCAUCCUGUCUGAGGAUGGGAAACAAGUACAUCAUGGAGGUGUAGUGAAGAAACUUGCAGACAACCCUAGGAGAUUUACUUGGUAUACAUGUGUUCUCACGAGGCAGAGCUUCUCCUCAGGGAGAUUUUACUUUGAGGUCCAGGUUAAAGACAAGACUGCAUGGCGUUUAGGAGUGGCCAGAGAGUCCAUAGACAGAAUAGGUGGGACCAUGCGGACCCCUGAGAAGGGUUACUGGACUCUUCUCUACAACAAGGAUGGGUUGGUAUUUAGAGAUAACCCUGAUGUCCGUCUCCCUCUGAGAGCUGAGCUCCAGAAGGUGGGGGUGUUUGUUGAUUAUGAUGAGGGUCUGGUCUCCUUCUAUGAUGUGGAAGCCAGGGUUCAUAUCUACUCUGCUACUGGCUGUGCCUUCACUGAGCCUCUCUAUCCAAUCCUCUCUCCAUGGUAUCAGGAAGGAGGUACAAACUCUGCCCCCCUGAUCAUCUCACCCGUCAAUCAAACAGACUAGGACUUUUGUUUGAUAACAAAAUAAACAAACAACCAAAAUAACUAAUGUUUCCUGAAUGGGAAUCUACCAUGGGAGAUCUGAGAGAACUGCAUUCAUAUCGUACUAUUCACUGUUAAUUAACAACAAAAUGUAACAAAAUGCAACUUACACUGUGUACUAUAAAAAAAUAUGAAUCAUUAUAACUGGUUAGACUACUCUUUAAUGUUCAUUGACUUCUUUCCGAUCGUUUUUUAAAUACAAUUAGAGUCAAGGUCAAGGUUGCUUUAUUCAUACCCGUGGGUAAAUUUGGUGUGCAGGGCAAGAAAAGGGCGUUCACACACUUAGCAUACACAGUAUAAAAGAAUAAAUAAAGGACACAACAAAAAUACAGAAGACAAGACAGACACGCAGACAAAAAUCACAGAGGUGCUCAGUACAUCAGAAAGUGCAACAAAGUUAUGCACCACUAGUGGCGCUGCAACAAUUUAUUCGUAUAGAUAAUGGCUGCAGGAACCAAACUGUUCCUGUAGCGGUUUGUUCUGCUUUUGGGAACUUUGAGCCUCUGUCUGGAGGGAAGCAGCUGUAAUGCACUGUUUAAAGGGUGGGUGUUAUCAUUUUGAACGGAUUUCAAUAACCUCUGUAACAGUUUGGUGUACAGGGCUUCCAUGUUCGGCUGUGGCUCACCAAUCAACU